ACUGUAUUAGUAUGACGAGUUGACAGACGACAAACUGAAGACGAGUGACAGAUUCCAAUUCCUAUUCCGUGUAUUUAGUAUUAUUUAGGAUUUGUGGUUGCUAACGAGUUCGAUGAGUGUAAACAGAUUGUCUUUCAAUUUAUAUAAAUAAUUACUCAGUAAUAAUUGAUCAUUAUGACUAAAUUAUUGUAAGAAUGAAGUUUGUUGGUUAACAUUUCUGAAAUUGUCGUAUAAAAACUUCGUAAAACAUUUAUCUGUGUAGAUAUUUGCCUUGGAUUAUCUGACUGCUUUGUUACAAAGCUAGCCUACUUAUACUCAAAUAAAUCAUUUGUGGUGAAGAAUUUAUCUUGAAUUAAAAUGAACACCCAGAAUACUAGUAAAGACGUGUCCAAGCAACUAGAAUUUGUAAAACAACAACAGCAACUUCGAGAGUUUGGCAAUGUUAGAAAUGGUUCAAGUUUCAAGACCUUAAGUGCUGAGAGUAUGAUUGAAGAUUUGCUCUCAAAGAAGGAGACAUUCCAGAAACGCAUUCCUGAAGCUCAACAAAAACAGGACGUCCCCAGCUGGCUGACAGGAUCCGUUCCACCACUCUACGAGAGAGUAUGGGUGGGAGUUCAGGCAUCUGGAGGUCUCGCAGAUACUCCUCUGCUCUCAACUCUUCUCAUGUCGAGUGGUUUGUCAACGGACACGUUGGGCUAUAUCUGGUCGCUAGCCAACCGUACCGUACCAGGGGCUCUCACUCAGUCGGAGUUGUACUUGGUGCUCGCUCUGGUGGGCCUGGCACAGAAUGGGUAUGUUGUCAACAAUCUAGCAGCCCUUCAUCAACUGCCACAAGCUCCUGUACCAACGCUGGAUCUCACACUGUUGCCAACACGCAUGGCAGUCCCUCACGUUUACCCAAAUCCCCUCAACGUCACAAGUCUACCAGACCCAAUACCCACUUUCAACUGGACAUCAGCCGAUAAGCUCUAUCCGGAUGGUUCAGAGAAAAUCGGUAUCUCUUAUGUGAGCAGCGGGCCCAUGGUUAGUCCCACCUUGGUUACAGAUCAAAUCACCAAAGCUCCCACAGUGAAUGUAGCCGAUUUAAAUUCUCAGAAUAAUAUCGCUGGAAAUAAAAGUGUCACUUCUAGUAGUUUAGGCUUUGACUUAACAAGUAAUACAAGUAUGAAACACUCUGGUAAUACCUACUCUUUUUCUUUCCCCAGUUUAAAUGAAUCCCCGAGCCAUGUUGCAAGUGGGGAGCCAGAUCCUUUUGAUGACGAGUUUACAGACUUCCAGAGUGCCGAUUUUACUUCAGCUACUACUUCUGGGCGGGUCGAAAAUAACUUGAACUCUUCCAUUGAUGACGAAGACGAGUUCACAAAUUUCCAGAAAGCCUCGCCCAAAUAUGACAACGAUGAUCUGUCAGUGUUGGUCGUUGGAGGGAAGAACAUUCCCUCAGCACAAACGCUCUGGGUGACAGACAGUCCUUCUGUGUCUUCAGAACUCAAGGGUUUUAACAGGACAGAAGUAAAUAAAAGAGGACCGAUUAAUAGCAAUUUACCAGAGCCAAUCACGACAAAUGAUUUAGCACAUUCGACUAGAAAUGAUCCUGUUCAAAACAAAAAAGAUAACUUUGAAGACAAGUAUUUAGCUUUCCAGGAAGUAGAAGACGAUAAGUAUAGUAUAUUCCAUAAUCCUCUGCCAGAAGACGAGGACAGGCAGAGUGUUGUCAGUGAAAGUAAUCAGGCCGAGCCCAAGUCAAUGUUUUCACAUUCACUGUUUGAAGAUCCAGAUGCAUCUUUAGACUUUUUUAAGGUUGAUUAUCAAACAACAAAUUUCGAGCAACUGAAACCUAAUUCUGAUACCAACUCGAUAAAUGAUAGUUCAAAAGACAGUGAUGAAUUUACGAACUUUCAAAAUUUUCCAGUGAAUUUCCCAGACCCAACUCCUCAGGCAAAAGUAGACAAGUAUGAUGUAUUCCGUACCAUUGUAUUUGAAGAUAAUGCCUUAGACUCUGACUCGGGGCAAACAACUAAGAUGGAUGUUCCAGUUGACAAGACUUUCCAGUCAUUCCAAGCUGAUAUGGAUGUCUUUAAUGAUGUAAAUAACCAUCAUCAAGAGAGUAGUGAAUUUAACUUGUUCAACAAUCCUACAGAGACACAAUCUAAUGACGUCAAAUUUGGUGAUUUCCAAGACGCAACUGUCCUGGCUGAAAGUAAUAACUCUAAUAUUGACAGUUUGUUUUCUUCUCUGGCCAUUUCUGAAAAAACUGUAGAGAAAGAUAUUAAACCAGAACCAUCUUUCGCUGCGGAUCCUACAGAAGACAAAUACAAAGCCCUGAGACUUCUUGAGACAGAAACAGUUGAAGGCGAUGAGUUUGGCGAGUUUUUUGGAGCAGAAUUACCCAAUUCUGAGAACCAGCCUCGAAAGGACACAGAACAACCUUCUAUACAAAUUCGUUGCCUGGAAGCUUGUCUAAAUCUACUGAAAGCAGGACUAGCCAAGCUGUCACAAGCUUCGUCACAAGAUGUUGUAUCGGAAAUCCUCGGUGACCCUAGAGCGAACAACUAUUUAGACUGCCUAUUAGAGGUACACAAGGUGAGUGAACGUAUCAUCAGUCACUUGGACUCUGAUUGCUGCGUAACUACAGUUACAGAACUACGUAACGUCUGGGACAAUUUAGCUCCAUUCUUCACCCACACGGAACACAUACAUUUACCAGAGACGGUGGGCGCUGUCUGUGGGGUGUGCCGUAGCGACACCGGACCUUCUCCCGUCACAUUCGGCGCACACACGUUCCACACUCCCUGCGCCAACCUGUACCUACACUGUGUCGAGCCUGUUCUUCCUAACAUUGCUGCAGCUACCGUGCAGUGACCUCGGAAUUUGUGAUAAGCCCCUCUUUUGUAAACUUAAUGUUUUAAACAUUCCAGAACUUUAUAUUGUAUAGAAUAGACAAUUUCCCUUAGCAUGAAUCUCCCGCAAGUGUUAUAAAAAAUUACCUGACACAAUUGAAAAACCUUAUAAGAAAGAAACAGAAUUAUUUAGUGGAAUCAGAAAAUAGUACAAAAGUUCAACAAUCUGACGCACUAGUAACUUUGAUCUUCCUCUAUUUUAAAAGACAAGUCAAGUACUGCAAGAAUUUUUUUUUCUUUUUUAAUUUAAAAUCUGCAAAUUGUAACAGUUAGUGUAGAUUAUAACAAGUCUGUAUUAGCAUUCAUAUUCAUUUUGAUUCAUCAUAUUUAAAGAAACAGUACAAGAAUGUUUUCACAUUUAUACACAAUUGAUUUUAUUCCAACAAAUUUAAUAGUUAAUGUUCUUCUGUUUUUAUCUUCAAGAUUUGCAAACUUGAUAUACCUUUAUCCACCAUUGUGGUUUUAAAAAUUAAAUAAACUACUUGUCAACAUAAGCAUAAAUAGUGGUCUCGUAAAUAUAACAAUAUUAUUG